AUGACUACUACAACUAUUCCGAAAUUAUUAUUCCUACACGGUUUCCUACAAAAUGGUAAAGUUUUCUCUGAAAAAUCAUCAGGUAUCAGGAAAUUAUUGAAGAAGGCUAACAUCCAAUGUGAUUAUAUUGAUGGUCCAGUCAGUUUAGAAAAGAAAGAUCUUCCAUUUGAAACUGAUGAAGAAAGAUGGAAAGCCACUGUUGAUGCUCAAAUGAAUAAAUCAUGGUUUUAUCAUAGUGAAAUCUCCAAAGAACUAGAUUUAACUGAUGCGAUCAAUACUGUUACCUCAUAUAUCAAAGAAAAUGGACCAUAUGAUGGUAUUGUAGGAUUUUCACAAGGUGCUGCAUUAAGUACUAUAAUUACAAACAAGAUCACUGAAUUAGUUCCAUCUCAUCCUGAGUUUAAAGUUAGUGUUAUAAUUUCUGGUUAUUCUUUCACUGAAGCAGACCCUGAACAUGAAGGACAAUUAAGAAUUACAGAAAGAUAUAGAGAUAGUUUUACGCCAAAGAAGGAUUCUAAGACAAAAAUUAUUUUCAUUUAUGGGACUUCAGAUCAAGCGGUCCCAGCAAAGAGAACACAAUAUUUAUGUAAUCUUUUCAAAGAAUCUGAAGGGACUGUAGGCGCUGAUAGUGAAAGGAUCAAAGUUUUUGAGCAUCCAGGGGGGCAUAUGGUUCCAAACAAGAAGGAUAUCAUCAGACCAGUUGUAGAAGAGAUAAUUUCGGCUUUGGGUUCCAAUUAA